AUGCGAACUGGAGCAAAAACGAUCUUCCGUAUAACAAUCUUCAGUCUGAAAAUGCAUUUGUGGCAGCACUCAUAGCAUACUUCAGGAUUUAUUUAUAAGUGAAAUUGAAAUUGUAAAAAGGUGGGUAAACCAUGGAAGCGAUGGUCCAUGGAAGUCUAAUUCUGAAAAAAGCUGACAAAUUCUUCUACUCAACACCCAUCGCACUCAGGAACACAGACACUGCGUUUUGUCAAUUUUUUGACCUCGGUCGUCGACACUAAAAUUAUAAUACGAGCUCACAGCAAAACAUCUUGGGGAGCCAGCUAUGAAGCUUGAACUGCACCACUGACGAAAGGAUUACCACUGAAAACUAAAUGCCGAGUAGUCUGCUAUGAACAAACGAAAGAGACAUACGCUGUUGAUUAUGAUUAUUGUGUUAUCAAUUUGUCUGAUAUGCAAAUACUAUGUGAGGCCCAAAACAAAAUACAUACUGUAUUGGACGAAGAUGUUUGACAGAGAUGAUUUCAACUUUGGCUUUGGGAGCAAAAUAUUCGAAAACUGUCUAAUGAAUAACUGCUUCGCUACCAACAACAGAAGUUUGAAACGGACUGAAGAAUUCGACGCGAUUUUGUUCCACGGCGUAGAGUAUAUUCUGAACGGACAAUAUGGAACACCAGAGAAACGUCACCCAAAUCAAGUGUAUAUUUUCAUGAGCCAAGAAUCAGAAAGCAAUACGCUUCCCAUCUUAGGCGAUUUCGAUGGAUUCUACAAUUGGACAAUGACAUACAGGUUGGACUCAGACAUCGUACGUCCUUAUGGUUACAUCUACUACUUAUUACCUUCACAGAAACCUCCAACUUUGCCGACGAUACAAGACAUUGAGGCAAGACCCAAAAAGAUUGCCUGGAUGGUAUCAAAUUGUCACUCAUCCAGCCAAAGAGAAGCUCUAGCCGAAGAAAUUGACAAGUACAUUACUGUCGACAUAUACGGACAAUGCGGUACCCACUUUUGCAGCAAAGACACGGCUGAGGCAUGUUACAAUUUUCUUGAAGACAAUUACAAAUUUUACCUAUCUUUCGAAAAUUCUUAUUGUAAAGAUUACGUUACCGAGAAAUUGUAUAACAUUCUACAAAAGAAUUUAAUUCCUAUAGUAUAUGGUAGUGGUAACUAUAAUAUACAAGCGCCACCUCAUUCUGUGAUAGAUGUAAGGAACUUCGAGAGUGUCAAAAAACUGACAGAUUACUUAAAGGAGCUCGACGAAGAUCCUGAAGAAUACCUGAAGUAUUUUGAAUGGAAGAAAAAAUAUAGUGUAAAUACAAGUCCUCAACAAACUAUGUGCGAGUUGUGUGAGAAGCUGAAUCAACCAAUUGAGAAUAACAUUUAUGAAAGUAUUCAAACGUGGUGGAAGUACAGUGGGUGUAAAUAUAAAGAAGAGUUACCUAAGAUAGUUCCCAAAGAUUUGUUAGACUGAUAGUGGAAGAAUAUGGUAAAAGGCUGAAGUUGUUUUAUUUUCUUAAAUAAAAUAUUUAUGCGUUGAUCAACGUAUUCUACAGUACGUUAGUCACAAUUGAAGGCGAUUUUCAAAAUACUACAUGAAUCUGCUUUACGGAAAAUUGAAUGCCUUAUGUCAAAAAAAACCUAAUACACUUUUAAAGACCAA